AUGGCAACCACUCUUAUCACCACCUUUCUUCUUGCUCACAGUGUUUUUUCAGCGCCUAUCUUCCCUCGCAAUGCCACUAGUUUCCCACCAAAUGUAUCUGAUGCUUGCAACGAUCUCCGAAAUUGCCGAACGAUGUGGGGCAUCGUCUAUAGCUGUCUCCUUACCGUCUUUGCCUGCAUUUGGACAGCAGUGCACCCAAACGUGCCAAAGCACUAUUAUGGUGCCUGGUCGUUUAGAUCACCCCGUGUCGGCUUCACGCUGCUUUCACUGCUUUCACCAGAGAUCAUUCUGGUAUUUGCAUGGAGGGAUUUCUUAAAAUCCUGGGAAAUAUCAAAGAAAUGCAGGAAUGUUGAAGGGUGGACCUUUACACAUUCAUACUUUGUCGCCAUGCAUGGUUUCUUUGAUCCAUCGGCGGAAAGUGCGCUGGGUUACCGGGACGACCUGCAGCGAUACCCCGGGAUAAUUGAGAAGUCUGGGAAUGCUAGAAAGGCCGCAAUAACAAAGGAGGAGAUUCUUGACAGAAGCAAAGGGGAUCCGUUUGCUAAAUCCAUCAUUGUCCUUCAAUUACUAUGGUUUAUCGCUCAAUAUGUCGGACGAUGGGCAAGCCAUUUACACAGAUCACAACUCGAGACAAUGACGCUGGCGUAUGCGGCACUAAGUGUUGUUGUUUAUGUGUUGUGGUGGCAUAAACCCGUUAACAUUCGAUUCCCAAUCCAUGUGGCCAGAGAGUCCAAUCCUGAUCCUCCGACCUCCGGGACCAAUGUUGAUCAACCGACACCUAAAACGGAGACUGAUGUAGAUCUGAUAUCCCCCGUGACAAGGAUCGGGGACGUGGAAUUUGAUCUCAUAUUUAUAGUCACUGGGAUGAUCUUUGGGGGAAUCCAUUGCCUUGCAUGGUCAUUUCGCUUUCCAACACAUGUAGAGAUGCUUCUAUGGCGGGUUUCAGCGAUAAUUAUUACAGUCUUCCCUGGCUUUUUUAUGUUCAGUGUACGGGUUGGUGGUAGUGAAUGGCCGCCUGGUCUUGCGACCGCAUUCAUUGGGUUUGUUUACGCCACCGCGCGGGUUAUCUUGUUUGUUCUUACCUUCACUUCUUUGCAAUCGCCUCUACCUGAUCUAUACCAAACCCCAUCUUGGUCAUCAUUCCUCCCGCAUUUUGGAUAG